GCAGGGACACCACAGGGUUCACCAGUUUUGGGCUGCAAACUUGCCGGUGGCUCUGGGUGUUUGUCAGAGCACAGUUCGCCUGGAGUCCUCAGCUCCUCCUUGCUCGCCUUCUUCCUUGGGGGCAGGUGGAGACUUGGAACAGUCCAGAGAUUAGUUCUCUCAACCCGGGCACUGUGGGCUGUCAGAGCCCAGCAAUUUUGCAUAAUCUGUGGUUACAACCCACAGCCCCAGUUCAAAUGAACAUUAGAAGUGCGGGAACCUGGGGGACGUGGGAUAUAAACAUUUGUUCAAAGUGAAUGUUCCGGAGGUAACAUUGUGCCUGCUUCUAAACCGUGGUUGUGAUUUCUUCCUGAUAUUUUCAUCAGUAUGUUUUCUUAAAUAUAUUGCAUGUGGCAAGUAUGAUUAUCAGAUUAAACAAAAAAAUCUCCCACAGAAAUAUAAGCUUCAGUUAAAUAAGUCUUAAUUUUAAAACACCUUCCCAAUAGGAAUAUUUAAUAUCUCGAUUGCCUGGUUAAAUAGAGUGCUUUUUCUCCACAGGAGUCACGUUUGCUCAAGUCAUAUUAUUUUACCUACUAUGCCAAUUUAUGACUCAUGCUAAGUGGGGAAAAAGGGCCUGAACUCUAGUAAGCAAGACUUCUCAUCAAGAGUGUCUAUUUCCUUACUUUUACAAGUGCGCAUGUACCAGGAAGUAGAGCAUAGUUGAACGGCUCAGGUUACGUAAGUUGCUGGAAGCAGGCAGGCACCACGCUAAGAAUAAAGUCCAGGCCUCCAUGCACACUAAAUGUCUUGCCUAGCCAGACUCUUUGGUGUAUUUACAAAAACAUUAUACCUUCUGACACACAUUUUGUGGUUUGGUUCACAAACGUUUCCGGAGUAAAGCAGGAUGUUUAUUACCGACUAAGGAAGCACUUAGGUCUGAAGGACCCAUCCCAGCCCCCUGACUCGCGUAGAAUCACAUGGACUGGUGGUGAGGGAGACUUAGUAAAUUCUGGAAGCCACUCCUGGGCAGGAUAAAGACCUGCGAUUGGCAACCCAAGACCUACCUGCCUUCCUGAUUCCAGAGACCACCAAACCUGUGAGCUUUCAUCCGGGAACUGCAGAAAGGGAGCGGAAGGGCCCUGGACGCUGGCAGAGGCUUUACAAAGAGGCUUCUGUUUGCUUGCUGGUGCAGAGGACAGUGUGAGCUGGGGACCAGAAGGUCAGGUGGUGAAUGAGGUUAUUUUGCUUUUCAGGUCGGAAGGGCAAGAUUAAAAUACAAAGUCACACCCCCAGCAGUUACCGGGUCACCAGACUUUGAGAGAGUAUUUCGUGCACAACAAAACUGUGUGGAGUUUUAUCCUGUAUUUUUGGUUGCAUUCUGGAUGGCUGGGUGGUAUUUCAACGAAGUUUUUGCAACCUUUCUGGGUCUGGUGUACAUUUAUGCCCGUCACCAGUACUUCUGUGGAUAUUCAGAAGCUGCUAAAAACAGGAUCUCUGGUUUCCGCUUGAGUCUGGGGAUUUUGGCUGCAUUGACUGUCCUAGGCAGCUUGGGCAUUGCAAACAGCUUUCUGGAUGAAUACCUGGACCUCAAUAUUGCCAAGAAACUGAAGUGGCACCUCUAACCUUUUCCCCUCCCUUUCCCUUAAUGCUUGUAGAUGCUGUUUUCACCCUAAAGGUAAUAUGGUGUCAGCUGGUUAAAUUUUAAAAAUAAAAGUGUUACUUUGUUUUUCUCGAAAUGACUUUGUAAAAACGUCUGCUUUAGAGAAUACAUUUCCAGUUCGUUUAAGAACUGAAUUUUGUUUUGGGGGAGAUGUGUCCAUAUCAUCAGUUGUGCUGACUCUGGUUUUAGAAGUGCAUGCUGAGGUUGUGACUGCUUGUAUCUGGGCAAAGCCACUUGACCGUGGACCAUACUUUCUGUGGACCCCCACCAGAGCCCAUCUUUGAGAACCGCUUCUCUCUUGAAGUUCCAGACAGAUGCUGAUAAGCAGUCAAGCCCUCUUCAUUACUUGUAGGAAAGCAACAGAUGGCUGGCACUGGGGGGAGUUAGGCAAAGACGUAGAGUAGCCAGAGAAGAGAGUUAUCAACUAACAGAACAAAACAAACCUGGCUGUGGAAAUGUACUUUAUAAAGAAAAAAAAAAAAAAAAGACAUUAUUUUCAAGAAACCAC